CAAAAACCUAGCAAUCCUUGCAUUGCCAGUUAAUUCCACUUACUCAUAGCCCAAAUCCAAGUUUAUGGCUCCUGAAAACAUUUCGCAGUGUAUCUAAAAUCGAAAUUGUGAGUUCUUAUUGUAAAUUUCAACAUGGCGGAUCCGAUUAUCAACGACAUUGGUGAGAGUGGAGCCCCUUCCAUCGGAGGCGAUAGUGGCUUAAAUCUGAACAAGCGGCUGGAUUGCGAGCAUUUAGAUCAGAUGACGGAUAAUUGGACCGAUUAUCAAAGACCCUCUUUUGUCACCGUGCUCCUGCGAUUUUUCGGCAACGUAUUUGUCGACAUAUUUAAUGCGAUUUUCGGCUGAGAAGCAAUACAAGUACUCUGUAUUGAGAGCAGUAAGACUAAUAAAAUCUUUAGUUGUAAAAA